UCAUCUUACAGAUGUUUGUCGUGUGCAUAUUCACAAAUUCCCUCAUCGAGCAUUCGGGGAGUAUCGAGUCAUAUGCUUCAGAUAUGACUGCAUUGUGUGCAACAGCUGCAUGGCUGUGCAUGUGCGUCACCAGAUGGCGCAUGCGCUGGACAUGAGGACUGCUGCUGUACUGAUCGAUUACAAUAAUACUGACGUAUCAGUAGAUUUUGCAGUAACCAACAUGGAUGUUUUCGUCUGUGUUGCGUGCUAAUCUCAUGCAUCUGUGUUUCUCACGCAGACCGAGAGCUUCUGCAAUAAACGAGAAGACCAGGAAACCAAAGGAGUCCGCACAGGAUUUGUGUCCAGCACGAAACGCAUUGUAUAAGGUUAUAAAUGUGGCUUCCUUGGACCUUGCUUGCAGUUCAUUCUGAAGCUGCACAAUGGAGAGACGGCUUAAUGUUGCAAAGAACCUGGCUCUUCUAUUAGAGUUUAGUGAUGAAGAAAGUGACAUGACCCCACAAACGACAAGUGAUGGAGUUAUGAAAGAGGAUAGAGACACAACCCUAUGUAAGACAAGUGAUAAAGUGAUGGAGGAGGAAAGAGACAGGACUCUUCAUACGACGAGAGAUGGAGGGAUGAAAGUGGAAAGAAAUGUAACCCUACAUAUGACAUGUGAUGAAGAGAUGGUAGAGGAAACAGACAGGACUCUUUAUAUGAUGAGUUAUGGAGGGAUGAAAGUAGAAAGGGAUGAGAUCCUACAUGCAACAAGUGAUGGAAGUAUGAAAGAGGAAGGAGACACAGCCCUACAUAUGACAAGUGAUGGUGGGAUGAAAGUGGAAAGAGAUGUAACUCAACAUACGACAACUGAUGCAGGGAUAGAAGAGGAAAGAGACGCAACCCUACGUAUGACAAGUGAUGGAGGGAUGGAAGAGGAAAGAGAUGCAACCCUACGUAUGACAAAUGAUGGAGGGAUGGAAGAGGAAAGAGACGCAACCCAGCAUAUGACAAGUGAUGGAGGGAUAGAAGAGGAAAGAGACGCAACCCUACGUAUGACAAGUGAUGGAGGGAUGGAAGAGGAAAGAGAUGCAACCCAGCAUAUGACAAGUGAUGGAGGGAUGGAAGAGGAAAGAGAUGCAACCCAGCAUAUGACAAGUGAUGGAGGGAUGGAAGAGGAAAGAGACUCGACCCUAGAUACAACAAGUGACGGAAGGAUGGAAGAGAGAAGAGACAUGGCCCAACAUAUGACAAGUGUUGGAGGGAUGGAAGAGAAAAAAUAUGUGACCCUACCUACGACAAGUACUGAAUGGAUAGAAGAGGAAAGGGAUCAGGAUGGAGAAGAAGAGCUGGAGAUGGAGCUCUCUAAUGAAGCUUCUGAAACAGAGGACGAUACAGAGUUCGAUCCAGACUACCACUCUACUGAUGAAGAAGAGUCAGAGGAAGAGUCAGAGGAAGAGUCAGACGUCACUGCUGACACAGCUUAUAAGUCCAAAAACGGAAACAUAUCAUGGACUUCAAAAUCUCCUCGUCAGAGACAACGAGGGAGAAUUCCAGUUCAUCGUAUCAUCAGAACGACCCCUGGACCAACCAGGCUGGCAUGUGCCAAUGCUAAAGACAUAAGAUCAACAUUUGAAUUGUUUUUCCCAGAUGAUAUUAAACAGAUUUUGAUUGAAAUGAACAAUUUAGAGGGGAAACGUGUGUUUGGUGCUGCCUGGAAGGACCUGGACUGGACAGACUUACAGGCCUUUCUUGGUCUGUUGAUUCUGGCAGGUGUGUAUCGAUCCCAGCAUGAGGCCAUGGAUUGCUUAUGGCACGCUGAGUCGGGAAGGCCGAUUUUUCGUGCUACCAUGUCACUGAAAAGUUUUAAGAGUUUGUCAAGGGUCUUCUGCUUUUACAAAAAGGACAAAAGGCAUAGGCAACAGGAAAAAGACAAGCUGGCACCAGUAAGGAACAUCUGGGAUAAAUGGGUCCAACGCCUGCCACUCUUAUACAAUCCAGGCCCAAACCUCACUGUGGACAAGUGCCUGGUCAGUUUCAGAGGUCGCUGUCCCUUCAAACAAUACAUGCCGAGUAAACCGGGCAAGUACGGAAUUAAAAUCUGGGCGGCAUGCGAUUCCAGAUCGAGCUACGCGUGGAACCUGCAGAUCUACACUGGCAAAGCUGUCGAUGGAAAGUCAGAAAAGAACCAGGGGAUGCAAGUGGUCUUGGACAUGACAGACGGUCUAGAGGGACACACCAUCACGUGUGACAACUUCACCUCGUACGCCCUCGGCCAGGAGCUGCUCCGAAGGAAAAUGACCAUGAUUGGAACCGUCAGAUCAAACAUGCCUGAGCUCCCACCUGCGCUCCUGUCAAUGAAGAACAGGACAAGAUUAUCAUCCAUGUUCGCCUUCACUGAUACACACACUCUUGUGUCCUACUGUCCCAGAAAAAAAAAAAAUGUGCUUUUGAUGAGCACUUUCCACAGAGAUGACAAAGUAAGCGACAAAGAUCACAAGAAGCCAGAGAUCAUUCUAGACUACGACCACACCAAAGGCGGCGUUGAAAACCUUGACAAGCUUGUUGCCACUUACACCUGCCAAAGGAAGACAGCUCGUUGGCCCAUGGUGAUUUUCUUCAACAUGUUGGAUGUCUCUGCCUACAAUGCAUUUGUGCUGUGGAUGGAAAUAAAUCAUUCAUGGAACAAAGGGAAGAAAUAUAGAAGGAGGAUCUUUCUGGAAGAGCUAGGGAAAGCUCUGGUGGCUCCUUUCAUGAAAAGACGGGAAAAUAUUCCCCGCACUCCAGCCUCUCAGAAUAUGGUGAUGGAAGCACAAGCAAGCCCCUUGCCAGUCAAAGACAGUUAUCUUGCACCAGUAACCCCAGGCAAGAGGAAAAGGUGUCAGGUCUGUGACCGAAAGAAGGACACAAAAACAAGUUUGACGUGCAGUGAGUGUAACAAAUACAUUUGCGGGGCACACGCUGUUAUAACUGCUAAGUGCCAAGCAUGCAGCAAGUAAGUUUAAACUAGAUUUAACCACUGCUUAUGUACUGUUUGUUACUUGGUUUUAUGACUAAUUCUUUUAUUUUUUAUUUUUUUUACUAACUUGUUUACCAUUGCAAAAUGUGCAAUCUGUUUAUUGCCCCUUGUUUUGUUGACUUUUUUAUUAGUUUACUGCAUUAGAGUUACUGAAUAUUCAUGUUUUAAAUAAAUGAUAGGCUACAAAAUUAUGUAUGCUCA